AUGGAAUGUUGUCAGAAGCGGACGAAGAAGCGCUAUUUACCCGGGUUUGGGGCUCUGAACCUUCUCCUGUGUGUUACUCUCCUUUCGACUGUCGCCACCGCCUCCCGGCCUGUAUACUUCGGAUCUCGACAGUCGUUGCCCUUCCUUGGUCCCCAGAUUCCUCUAACGCUUCGGCACCUCUUUCACCGCGGUACAUAUGAACAUCCCGAUCUCCACAAGCGGCUUGACAUUAAGCCGGAUACCCGCCUUUGGGUUCUGUCUGAGGAUGGACUCAAGAAGGAGCCCGUUACGAUAGACGAGCCUUUAAUUGCUUCAUCGCAACCAGUUACUAUCCAACGACUUGUCGAUCGUCGACCAAUGAUUAUCGAAGAGCAUUUGACGGCCGCACGAUCCAGCGGAUUCGCAAUUGCCUUGUCACCGUCGGCGUGGGUCAUGGAUACGUUACCCGGUCCAGAUGUCACCAAAAAGAGAACUGUUCUUACUUUUGCAAAGAUGACUGCAAAUGAUUACAUCGAGGAGCCGGGUAGCGAGGACUGGCAGGAUGUCCAUGGCUCUUUUAAUUACUCAUCUAGCUUUGGCUGGGGAGGAGAUGGUCUCAGGGGCCACAUCUAUGCGGAUAAGAGCAACAGUACUGUUGUGAUAUCUCUCAAGGGUACCUCGCCUGCUCUCUUCGAUGGUGCGGGAACGACUACGAAUGAUAAAGUCAACGACAACCUGUUUUUCAGUUGCUGUUGUGGACAGGGUGGCUCGUACCUCUGGCGCCAAGUAUGUGACUGCCAGAAAUCUGCAUAUACGGCGAACUUGACUUGUAUUGUCGAGGCUAUGCUUGAUGAAACCCGCUAUUACCGUGCAGCGCUUGAUCUCUAUUCUAACGUCACGGAAAUCUACCCCGAUGCAAACAUUUGGUUGACUGGUCAUUCACUGGGAGGUGCCAUGACCAGUUUACUGGGGUUGACAUAUGGAUUGCCUGCUGUCACUUUUGAGGCUGUCCCUGAAGCUCUUCCAGCAGCCCGCUUAGGUCUCCCAAGCCCUCCUGGUCAUGAUCCGAGACUUCCACAAUUGCGGCGUUAUACUGGAGCUUAUCAUUUUGGACACACUGCGGACCCGGUAUAUAUGGGGACCUGCAAUGGGGUUGGUUCGGCUUGUACAUGGGGCGGUUAUGCCAUGGAGUCCGCGUGCCACACCGGCCAGAUGUGCGUCUACGAUACCGUAGGCGAUAAAGGUUGGCGCGUGGGACUUGGAACUCACCGGAUCAAAGCCGUUAUCUCAGAUGUAGUAAAGGCUUACGAUGACGUACCAGCUUGCGCACCUGAGGAGGAAUGCUACGACUGUGAGUUGUGGAAGUUCUUCCACAGUAAUGGCUCAGAGACUACUACCACCACUACUAAAAGCUCAACGAUAUCCACGACGAGUAGUACAUCGACUUCGACAUCUACGUGCAAAACACCCGGCUGGUGGGGCUGCUUGGACGAAACCACCACCACCAGCGCUACUGCCACUUCCACUGCCACUCCCACUCCCACUCCCACUCCCACUCCCACGUCGACGUCGACGUCGACGUGCGAAACACCUGGUUGGUUUGGUUGCAAUGAUAAGAGCAUUACUACCACAGGACCGACUUCCACCGCUGCCGCUACUUCGACGUCAACCUGUAAGACACCUGGGUGGCUUGGAUGCAAGGAUCCGGCGACGACUACAAGCGCAACACCAUCACCUGCACCUACAAUUACAACCACGAUGCCAACCAGGACCGCGUUAUCUACCUCACUAUCUACCUCAUGUAAAAGCCCUGGCUGGUUUGGCUGGUUCGGCUGCCGUGAUCCCACCAGUUCGACGAUUUCUUUCACGACGCCUCUACCUAUCCUAACUUCUACUUGCGAGACUCCAGGAAUUUUCUGGGGCUGUUGGGACACAUCAGCUGUGAACACUAAUCCCACCACCACACCACCGCCAUAA